CUAAAACAUUUUCCAUCAUAUGCUUAUCAACCAAAGAGAGGGUCACUUUUUUGAAUGUUACACCUUGUUUUUGUAUGCUUUUAGUUUAUAUAUUGACUCCAACUAUAACUAUGCUUUUCUUUCAUAUGCUGAAAUUAUUUGUGCUCUAAUGCUUUGAAUUUUCAUUCUUCCCUUACAUUUUUUUUAGUAGAUUGUAUCAGAGAUACGCAAGACAGUGGAGUCUUUGGGUUUCAUUGAAGUUGAAACUCCAGUUCUACAGGGAGCAGCUGGUGGAGCGGAAGCAAGGCCAUUUGUUACAUAUCAUAAUUCACUUGGAAGGGAUCUCUAUUUGAGAAUUGCAACUGAGCUCCAUUUGAAGAGAAUGUUGGUUGGAGGAUUUGAAAAAGUAUAUGAGAUUGGUCGAAUAUUCAGAAAUGAAGGCAUUUCAACUCGCCAUAAUCCUGAAUUUACCACCAUAGAGAUGUAUGAAGCAUAUUCAGACUACCAAAGCAUGAUGAACAUGGCUGAGGAAGUUGUUACUCGCUGUGCACUUGCAGUUCAUGGGAAACUUACCAUUGAUUACCAGGGGGUGGAGAUAAGUUUGGAACGGCCAUGGAGGAGGGAAACCAUGCAUAAUCUUGUUAAAGAAACCACUGGGAUUAAUUUCCAUGACUUGGGAAAUGAUCUUAAGGUUGCUAAAGAGGUUACUUUGAAGGCACUUGGGACUGGGCUUGAUAACAAAGACAAAUCUGCCAUUGAAGCAAGCCCUUCUCUGGGUAACCUUCUUAAUGAGGUCUUUGAAAUUGCGGUAGAACCAAAGCUCCUGCAACCCACAUUUGUUUUGGACUAUCCUAUUGAGAUAUCUCCCUUAGCCAAACCACAUCGAAGCCAUGCAAGCUUGACCGAGAGAUUUGAACUCUUCAUCUGUGGUCGUGAAUUGGCCAAUGCAUUCUCUGAGUUGACUGAUCCGUUGGACCAAAGGGCACGCUUGGAAGACCAAGUGAGGCAGCAUAAUGAGAAGAGAGCAGCAGCUGUUUCAGAAACAUCAACUGCAAAUGAAGAUUCGAAGAAAAAUGAUGAUAACUCAUAUGAAGUUACUCUCGAUGAUGACUUUCUGACAGCUUUAGAAUACGGAAUGCCACCAGCUUCAGGGAUGGGACUUGGAAUCGACAGGCUGGUGAUGCUUUUGACGAACUCUGCCAGUAUUCGAGAUGUUAUUGCCUUUCCUGCCCUAAAACUUCAGCAUAGUAUUAUAGCAGCUGGUCAGACAGAUUAGUGUUCUUAUGCUUCAGCACAGAUGUUGACAUUCAAAGAGGAUUUUGAUAUGUUCAGACAGAAUGGCAGGUGCCACUUCUUUUUUGUAUAAUACCUCACCUUUAGGAAAAUUUUGGCAGUACUUCGAAAUUCUUCUUAUUGUUGUGUGAAUUAAAUAAAAAACAUACGAUAUAUAUCUAAGGUAGAGCAGAAAAAGAGCCUCAGCUAAGUAAUCUGGCAUAACAUCUUUGAAGGUCUGCUCUUAGAGAUUCAUUGAUUAGAUGAUAUUCUUUUUGCGCGAUUAAAUCAAAUGUAAACCACACAUGUAUUCUCUAA